UUACCUGCAGAGCGCGUCGGUGUCGGGAUCGCGCGGCGACUUGCGCGUCACCGCAGAGCGAGAGAGAACCCGGGGGGCCCCAGGGCGGCACGUGAGCUGGGGGGUGGGUGGGAGCCCCAAACUCAUCCAGAGCCCGACGAUAAGGAUAAGGGGGUGUUGUGCUCCGGGACUGCGCCCUGCUGCGUGCAUGAUUGACAUGUGGAGGAUCCUCGGUGACGGGCUGCUCAUCCUGGCUCUACCGUAAACUGCCCGUCGCUAUGCAUUGUGGGAAGUGUGGCCCCUGGCGCUGAUCCCGGAGCCCCCAGGCAUGAGAGCGGCGGAGGACAUGGACGGCUUCGAGGCGGAGGCGUCUACAGCCUCCAUGGUGUCGGGGGCCAGCAGCCCUUACCAGCCGACCACCGAGCCCGUGCGGCAGCACCGCGGCUGGGGGGGCAUCCACUGCGAUGUGGACUACAUCCGGUCACUGUGCGGGGUCCUGAAGUGCAGCCAAGUGGUCUUGGCGCUCCUCGCCUUCAUCUGCAUCGAGACGAUCAUGGAGUGCUCGCCGUGCGAAGGCUUGUAUUUCUUCGAGUUCGUCAGCUGCAGCGCCUUUGUGGUGACCGGCGUGCUGCUGCUCAUGUUCAGCCUGUCUCUUCACGAGCGUGUCCCUCACAUCAACUGGGUCCUGACGGACUUGGUGAACACCGGGCUGAGCGCUCUGUUUUUCUUCAUUGCCUCUGUAAUUUUGGCAUCGCUGAACCACAAAUCUGGGGCGGAAAUUUCUGCAGCGGUUUUUGGCUUCUUGGCCACCCUCUCCUACUCCGUAAACACCUACUUGGCGUUUAGGAAAUGGAAAUUUGGCAGCAGAUCCCAGAACGUGCGUCAGUCCAGUGACUACAUGAGGGCACGCAGCGAGUCGCGGGAUGCAGACUGCCGUCCUGAGAUCCAGCGUUUGGAUGCGUAACCUGCCUGGGGUCUCCAUGAAUGGUUUCUCCUCUCGAUAUGGGUGUCCCUGGCAGCAGGACUACUUUCUAAAGGAGUGUUUUGCGAACAAAGAAACUUCCGAAGAUUCCAGAUGACAUUCCCGUCUUAAUGUAUGGGCAGGUGGGUGGCUAACUUUCAGCAGAGAUCCGUUGAGAAGAGAUUAUUCUAGAUCCUGCCCUGGAAUGUUUCUUCUACGGAAAAUGGACCAAAACCAGGGACCAAACAGAUCUCCAGUGACCCUGGUUCGGGCACGUUCUUAUACCUUUCCUCUGACAGAAGAUUAGAUUUUACUGUCUUCAUCUUAUAAUCGGAUCACUUUUAAGGCUUUGUUUCCAUGAGGCGGCCAUGGUCCUGCGCAGCCGCCAAUGGCUGCUUUUGAAGGUAACGCUUCCGUUUACCUGAAAAUUCAUGUGGCCAUUGGCUUCCGCGGCAUAGGUUUUCUGCUGACCGUUAACUGAGCAGAAACCUUAGACUUGCAGGCGUCAUGGACGAUGUGGCUGAGAAUAAGGAGGGCGAGUGAGGCCAAAAAUGGGGCAAAAGAAGACACAAAAUUAGAAAGUUUUUAUUUUUGCUUUUAUAUUUAACUUAAUUUAAAUAAUCCGUUAAAUUGUACGUUGAUUGAAGGAAAUUAGAAGGUAAAAAAAAAAAUAUCUUAUUCCCGUGUCGAGUCAUCAUGCGAUGCAAGUGUUAUCAUAGGGACCCCCUUUAUAAUUCCUGACACAAAGCUGCAUUCUGAUUGUAAAGCCCAACCAGAGUCCGGUUCUGCGUAUGUCACGUAUUUAUAAAUGACGUCCCUAUGAUAACACUAAUGUGCGAGGUGUUAUCAUGGGGAUAGCGCUCCCCAAAGCCGACUCUCGCUUAAACCUCUGGUAGUUUGGCGCAGGAAUAAGACAUUCGUUUCUAGAUUUUGGAAAUGACACUAUGGGGCUAGGAUAUAGAUUUUCUAAGUACGACGUUUUUAUCUUGCAUCACUCCUGAUUUAUCGCAUUCCGAUCGGUAAUUCUCAUGGCCGUACGAUGCCGCUAUACGUAUGCAAUAUGUAACACUAUGGGCUGAGAAUUACAGCUGAUUGUUAAGCAAUAUUUUAACUCUUAUCUCAUUAAAGGGAAUCUGUGGUUAAAAUAAUCUGUUCUAAAUCUGAAGGAUAAUUGACCCCCCCCCCCCCCCAAAAAAAAAAAAAAAUGUUCAAUAUACUUACUGCUAAUCGACGGUUUGGUUUUAUGUAGGAAAUGUAAUUUAUUUUUUACUGUUUAUUAUACUGUAAUUGUGCAAAAAUCUAAUUUGUAUUAGAAAAAACAAAUAUUCAUUGUAUAGAUUUUAUAUUUUUUUUUUUUUUUUUUUGUAACUCCGAUAUUCAGUCCGUAUCUCUCCCAGCUGACCAAUUUCCAGAUGCGCUGUAGGGAUAUAUAGAUUGUAUAGAGGAGGGACCCCUUCCUGCCACCCCCAAUGAGCCCGAGCAGAGAGAUUUGGCAGACCUGUCCUGUAUGUGGGUUACAUGGGCAGCCAUUCAUUUAAAUGCCCGGGAUGUAAUACUACGAUUUUACCUGUAGGGGGAGAUAUGUUGCCCGAUGCGGCUUUUCUCCGCAACAGCCGAUGACUGACUUCUAAUUUCAGGAGGUCGUCUUUGUGAGACUCCCUGUUUCUCGUUCAGUUCUCAUAGGCCAGGGAUGCUCAACCUGCGGCCCUCCAGCUGUUGUAAAACUACAACUCCCACCAUGCGCUUCUGUAGGCUGAUAGCUGUAGGUUGUCUGGGAAUGAUGGAAGUUGUAGUUUUACAACCGCUGGAGGGCCGCAGGUUGAGCAUGCCUGUCGUAGGCAAUCAAAACUGACGCACGACCGGCACCCCAUAGUAUUCAGUGGAAAGUUGACUUCUAUGGAGUGAGAACUGCAGGAUGGUGACUUUCUUGACUGAGGCAUUAACUUUCCUUUGCAUUGUCAGUAGAGGUUUUUCCCAUCCCAGACAAUGGGGGCAUAUCGCUAGAAUAAUGCCCCCAUUGUCUGAUAGGGACGGAUACCACCUCUGGCAAAGUAAAGGAGGGUGCACUGCGCAUUCAUUUCUAUGGGGCCACCAUGAUAAUAUCCCUUAGGCUGGGUUCACACCUGAGCGUUUUACAGCGCGUUCCUACGCGCUGUAAAACGCUCA